CAAACCCAUCCAGCAGGUUUGGUACCACAGUCUCCGCUCGGCGCCAUAUUAGACAGACGCUGGUGCGGAAGGUGGGGAAGGGGAGGAGGACUCCUCCUGAUAAGGGUACUAACCUAUACGCAAAAUACUUAUGGUUGACAAGUACUUGGGUAAACGUAGUCCCAGACUUGCUGCUUUCGUAGUUGUUGAGCACACUCGCCGGCAGAAAUGACUUCGUUGACUCAGAGGAGUUCGGGCCUCGUGCAGAGGCGGACCGAAGCCUCGCGUAACGCCGCUGAGAAAGACCGACCGUCCGGCCAAGAAGACCACGGGCCCCGGCGAGCGGAGGAUCAGGACGAUGAUGAUACCGGAGACUCCAAAGAAACACGUCUUACACUGAUGGAAGAAGUGUUGCUGUUAGGACUGAAGGACCGAGAGGGCUACACCUCAUUCUGGAAUGACUGCAUUUCAUCAGGGCUGCGAGGGUGCAUGCUGAUCGAGCUGGCCCUCCGAGGACGCCUUCAGCUGGAGGCCUGUGGCAUGAGGAGGAAAGGUCUGCUGGCCAGGAAGGUGAUUUGCAAGUCAGAUGCUCCUACAGGUGAUGUGCUCCUGGACGAAGCUCUCAAACAUAUCAAAGACACUCAGCCACCAGAGACUGUGCAGAGCUGGAUCGAGCUGCUCAGCGGAGAGACGUGGAACCCGUUGAAGCUUCAUUACCAGCUGAGGAACGUCCGUGAACGGCUGGCCAAAAACCUGGUGGAAAAAGGUGUCCUGACUACGGAGAAGCAGAACUUUUUGCUGUUUGACAUGACGACACAUCCCCUGACCAACAACAACAUCAAACAGCGCCUCAUUAAGAAGGUGCAGGAGGCUGUGCUGGACAAGUGGGUGAAUGAUCCUCAUCGAAUGGACAAGCGGCUCCUGGCUCUCAUCUUCUUAGCCCAUUCCUCUGAUGUUCUGGAAAAUGCCUUUGCCCCCUUGUUAGAUGAUCAGUAUGACCUCGCCAUGAAGAGAGUGCGGCAGCUGCUGGAACUGGAGCCAGAAGGGGAGAGCAUGAAGGCCAACACCAACGAGCUGCUAUGGGCUGUGGUGGCUGCUUUCACUAAAUGAGGGAACAGCAGGCAGUGGCACUGACGUGACAGUGGGGGUGAAAAUUACUCCUGACCCCGACAUUUUGACUUUAGUGACUUCUGGUACCAGACGCCUGGAUUUUGUGGCAUGGGCUGCCCUGUUUCCUCUUCCUGUUUCUUUUCCUUCCUGAUGAUUCUCUUUGAUGAUGCUCCAUGACCCUGUCUCUACCCUGCAUCAGUUGUGUUCACUUUCAUAAAAACUAAGCGUGGUUAAAUGCCACAUCACAUGAAGUGCUUGCUGAUGGUAUGGGUAGGCCUGAAAUCACUGAUUCAUAUCCUGUUUGUUUUUUUUGUUUUUGUUUUUUAAGAGUGGUACAGAUGUCACAGGUUAUCAACAAUGAUGUACAUGUGCACAGCAGCAGGAAAGUAAAAGGUUAGAUGAGCUGGAGUCUAAUUUAUUGGGAGUAACAUCUGUACUGGUCCACUCUGUGACUGUGGGCCACCAUCAGAUUGAGUUCCAGAUGCUUGCUCAGUUGUUGGGACACUAACUCCUGUUUGGUUUGGCUCUGUUGUGCUGCUGGCAUAGUUAGAAGUGAGUCACUGAAAACCAGUAUAAAUUUGAUCGUGAUGAUGAAACAUCUCCUACAAUACCAGUGUGGCCACCGUCGAGGCACGAGCACGGACCCGUACAUGAUGGAGCGAGCCUUGCAUCAUCAACGCACCCAGUGACGGACGAUGCUGUAGCACUGAAGCUAUCCUGGCUCCAUGUUCUUACUAACCCACAGGAUUUUGUUUUCAUUUGACACCAGUCUGUAGCUCUGUAACGUCACUGGUUUGUAUGGUCGUUUACAUGUUGGGAAUGAAGAAGUAAAACUUGAUGUAUAGCUCGCUCACACUUGGACCAGGCUUUUGACUAGAGAAGUGCAAUUUCAGCUCCAAUUUUGAACAACUUUGAGAACCCAUGAUGAUAAUAAACCAAGUUCCUCUCUGGUUUGCAAAAAUGCUGGCAUCAAGUGUUGAGAAGCCAAAAGUCAUUUCCCAUCAGGCUGUGGCAGUUUCCAGUUCAACGCAGAACAACAUCAGACACCAUAAAAGCAGCUAAGUGCUGUCGGCCUGGGGCGGCGCGCCCGUGUCGUCGUUAGCGCUGUGGUGUCUCGUGGUUGGCUGAGGCCUUUUGUGUGGACUUUGCAUGCUCUCCCUGUACUGCAUGGGUUUGCUCCAGCUAGUCCUCCCACAGUCAAGACAUGCAUGCUUGGGUAAAUGGUCAUUCUAAGGUGGUCAUGGAGAUGAUGUGCAUGAAGUGUACAGAAUAAAGUCCUGUGUGUAUGUGUGGUUGGUAAAGACUAGAGCUAUACAGAUGUGAGCGGUCUCGCUGUUCGUGGAGGAGUUCCUGUGGGAUUAACACGGCUGAUCGUGGACCAGGGCACGCUCCUGCAGAAGGUGCUUUGGAUUUGAGCUUCUGUUGUUUCUGUGCUGAUCAAAGGAGAAAUGUUCUCAAAAGUAGUUGAACAAAAACAGUUCUGAAUUAUUUGUAAUGAAAACAGAUUUUGGUGCAGGACUAAUAUCAGCCCUAUAAGGAGUUUGGAAAGAGCUGAUGACCUUCACAGACACACACCGGCUAAUGUUAGCACGCCAGGGUUAAAGCAGCAGGUGGUGGGACAGCGCCUUUUUACUCUGUUUACUAAGAAUCAAAUGUUCCACUUUGAUAGAGAAUAAACUCAGCAUCAGUGACGGCUACAGUUGGUACAUUCCCAACUAGAAUGACACAUUUCAGUGAGACAUGGUGCUGAAUGCAGGCUCCUCCUCCAGCAUGUGCUCACGCUGCCUGGUCUUGGGUGCAUAAAAUAAAAGUGUUCACUGAGUGAAACGAGCUCCGUCUGAUGACUCAUAAUCCACCUCUUCUCCAGUACAGGGAGACUCCAGGAACCUCCAAACAGCAAAGUCCCAAACUGACUGUUUACGUUACUCUGAUGCGAUGUACUGUCUGCACCACACAAGCUCAGCUUGGGAACCUGGACACUCCGUCUAAUCGAGAACGUCAUCUGAAAAGUAAGCAGGUUCCUUCACCAGUAACAACCACGGCACACCAAAAACAAAAGGCCUUAAGAACUGCACAAACUGAUUGCAUCAUGUUCAUCGAUGUGUAUCUUUAAUGCCAUUAUUUCUUCUUGGAAGCAGUUUUCAGUUUAAAUGAGUAUGAACCGUACCACUAUCAGUGGAAAGAGUGUGGGUCUGUGAUCUCAGUGAACCCACACAAGAUGUGCCCAGGAGUUCUGAGGUUAUUUUAACUUGGUGGACUAAUCCCAUUGUGAAGUCAGAGGGUUAAUCAGUAAAGUGUAACCUACAGUAUGUAAAUCAGAAGCUCUGUGUUUACAUCUUUGCCCACUGUGGUUCUCAGUGGAGCCGAUGUAGCCAUUGUCUCUACGUUUUAGCUGAACUCCUCAGAUUGAGCCGUCUGUUGGAUAGCUGGGUACACGUCAGGCUGUCAGAAGAAUCGAACCUCACAUUCUCCUAUUGAUGUGUUUGAAUUAGGCAUAAGUUUAUGGUUCGCUGUCAAAAUGUACAAAGCCUUUUCCUCAUGAACGUGAUGAAGGAUGUUGCUUAAUUAGGAUGACCUUCUUCUUUUCCAUAUCUAACAAGAGAAGAGACAUCAGGAGGCUUGUGCAUAAGGCAUGACAUGUUGCAGCAAAGUGAUGUGUGCUCUCUAAAUAAAGGGACCUCCAGUCUGUGUACUGUCCUGAAAACAGA